UCCGCCAUGCGCAAUAACUCUUUCCUGUUUCUCAGCUUGUUGCGAAGUUGCUGGCUGUGUAUAUAUAGUAGGCUCUAGAUUGUGCAAAAGUCUCAUGGACGAAAAGCAAGGAAAGAAAGAACACAUAAGGCUAGCAUCAGUUGUAAAAAGUGUCCAUGCUGAUCUUCGGAAAAAACUUCGAUCACAUAAUGGCGAUUAUGAGACUGUCUGGCAUCAACACUGUCAAGAUCAAACGCUCCUGUCUACUUACGCCGAGUGUAUGCAGAAGCUUGCUCAAGAACACUGGACCAAAAGGUCACAGAAUCGUAUCGACUGGUGUCGACUUGUUAUCAACGAAUACUUCCUCGAUGGAGGAUUAAAAAAAGUAUUGCAGAAAGAGCUUAAGAAACAAACAUUUGAGGAAAACAGAAAGCAGAGUUCUUCCAUGACUGCUGAUUAUACCGAGAAUGGUUUCACUGCUGGAGGCACUAAAACUGAAAUAGCCCAGGCUAGUCCAGGAUGCAGACUAGACAACUGUUCACCAUGUGAUAUUGAUAGUUAUAAAGGUAACUUAGAUAACACUUCCAUUACCCACAUGUGCUUUCAGGAGACUCUUUAUUCCUCUGCCAAGAACAGUUCUGGUCCAGAGACACAGACAUGCUGCAGUGUCAGUCAUGAAAAGGAUGAUAAAGACUGCAAUUAUGGCUUGAUGUUGGAGAGAAGUAACCCAAGCUCCCCCGACAUAUACACAGAAGUACGCCUUCCAUUCGAGGACAAGAUCCGCCUGCUUGAUGUGGGCAGUUGUUACAACCCUUUUCUACAGUUCAGCGAGUUUAUGGCCAUAGGAAUCGACAUCAGCCCGGCCCAUGAGUCCGUCCACUACUGCGACUUCCUGCACCUGGAGACGACCGACCCCCUGCAAGUGGCGCCGGACACGCUGAGCACCUACCUGGGCAGCCUCCGCAGCCCUAUCCAUCGCCUGCCUAGAUGCUCUUUCCACACCGUGGUCUUUUCUCUGCUGCUUGAGUACCUCCCGUCGCCUUACCAACGCUGGCUGUGCUGCACCAAGGCCCACGAACUGCUGCAGCACAACGGCCUACUCGUCAUCGUCACGCCAGACUCACAUAGCCAGCACCGCAACGCCCCGAUGAUGAGAAGCUGGAAGAAGGCCAUCGAGUCCAUGGGCUUCAGCAGGUGGCGCUAUGUCAAGGACGAGCACUUGCACUGCUUGGCCUUCCGCAAGACACGACCCGCCGCGCCGCCCAGCCUGCUGGUGGGUGACGUCACGCCAGACUUGCUGUACAUCCCGCAGGACCUGGCCGACGCUGCGGAGGAGAGGGCAGCGGAGCGGUCACGUGAUCCGUUCCUGCAGGACGAGUGCGAGGCGCAGGAGUUCUUUCAGCGGACGUGGGCGAGUUGCCGGCGUUCGUUCCCGAGGACUGCGGCGAGCCACUCUUUUAAUUUUCAGUGACAAUAGCUAAAUCCACGUUGUUAUUUAAUUAUUUAUUUUUAAAACGCACCGCAUGGGCUCCAAUGUAGCUACAGCGUUUUAAAAAAAUCCUUUGUACAUGUAAUUAUGUGCAACGUCAUUGUAUUUACAAAGUAAAACAUUAUAAAACCAAUGCACCUACAAAGGAAAACAUUGUAAUGUACUGACAAAGAAUAAAACAAUAAAAAAAACCAUUUAUAGCAUCAA